CUCUCCGGCUGCCUUCAUCCUCCUUCUCCUCUCUCCUCAUCUCCCUCCUCUUCCUUUCAGCCUCCCUCUCCCCCAUCCUCCUCUUCCUUCAUCCUCCUCGUCCUCCUCUUCCCCAGCCUUCCUCCCUCCCUUCCUCCUCCUUCUCUCCCAUCCUCCUCCUCUCCCUCCUCCCUCCGUCUCCCCAUCCUCCUCCUCUUCCUCCCCCCUCCCUCCUCUCUCUCUCCCUCCUCUUCCUCCCCCAGCAGUGACGUCUCUGGACGUGCUGCUCCCCGGCCCGGCGCAGGCACCGCUCGGGGCUCCGGCACCGCGGCCCGGCCCGGCAGCAGCCUCCGGCGGGGCGCGGGCGCUGCCCGGGGCCGCCCAUGCGACCGGGGGGCGAUGCGGUCGGCGCGGAGCCGGCGGUAGUGCCCGCACCGGGGCCCCCCCGGGAGCAUGGGCUGCAUCGGCUCCAAAACCACCAUCGUGGCCGUGGACACGACUCUGUGCGUGGAGUGGAAGGAGGUGAAAGCCCUGUCACCGCUGAGCGCCACCCGCCCGCUGCCUCGCCUGGCACGCCAGGCCUCCUUCGACAGCCAGGACUUCCUCCAGGUCAAUGUUGAGGACACUGUCGAGAUGCUGCCCAAGUCGCGGCGCGCGCUGACCAUCCAGGAGAUCGCCGCCCUGGCCCGCUCCUCGCUGCACGGCAUCUCGCAGGUGGUGAAGGAGCACGUGACGAAGCCGACGGCCAUGGCGCAGGGCCGUGUCGCCCACCUCAUCGAAUGGAAGGGCUGGUGCAAGCCAGUGGAGUCGCCCGCCGCCCUGGAGAGCGCCUUCAGCUCCUACUGCCACCUGAGCGAGGGCGAGCAGGAGGCGCGCUUUGCCGCUGGCGUGGCGGAGCAGUUUGCCAUCGCCGAGGCCAAGUUGCGAGCCUGGUCCUCAGUGGAUGGAGAUGACUCCAACGAUGAGUCCUACGAUGAGGACUUCAUGCCCUCCACGGAGAGCUCCCAGCCUACUGAUCUGCCCGGCGUGGUGCCCGCCAGCACGCUGCUGCGAGACCUGCUGCAGGGCCACCUGUGCCAGCUGGGUGUGCGGCACGGCUCCUGCGAGCCCGAGAGCGACUCCUCGCACACCCUCUCCCCCGAGACCCUCUGCUCCAGCCUCUGCAGCCUGGAGAUGGUGUCCCCCUCCGAACUCACUGCCAAACUGCUGGGCUCCCUGGGGGGCGAGGACCUGCUGCUGCCCAAGCUGCCCCCCCCGGCCAGCCAAAGUGCCUUGCGGAGCCUGGCACGGCUCCGGUGCCAGGACUCCCUCUACUCCGUGUCCUACGCCGAAGCCUGCCUCUCGCCCGCCGAGGACGAGGUGGUGCUGAGCAAGGACUUCCCGCUCCGCCGGAAAGUCUCCGACGUCGCCUCCUCUGGGGUGGCAUCGUUGGAGGAGGAGGAGGAGGAGGACGAAGAGCCCUGAUGCCCCCCUGGGGUGCCCUGCCUCUCCUGGUGGGGGUCCAGCCCCCCCACCGCUGCCCUCCGGCCGGACCCCACGCUGGGCAAGGGACAGGCCCUCCCGCUGCUCCCCCUCACUAGCCGGGCGCAGGGGGGGCUCGGGGGGCCACUGGCCAGUGUGCCCCCGCCGUGACCCGGCCCCGCUUGGCCACAUCGUUGCCCUCUUGGAUUUUUGCAUGAGAGUGGGGAAGGGGCAUGGGGAAGGGCUUGGGGAGGUCCUGCCCCCAUGCCCACAUGUGCCCCCCAAAACUGAUGGGACUGAGUCAGUGGGGCUGGUUGUUCGCAUGUUCCCACCCAAACCACCCUGGGGUCCCCUUUCUGGCACGGGCCCCCCCCCCUUUGGCAUGGCUAAACCUCUCCAAGUAUCCUACAGUGCCCCUGCCCCAGGCCAGGCAUCCUCGGCUCAGGGCAGCGGGGGGAAUUUGGGGAGCGGGGGGCUUUUCUCGUCUCUCCCCUGCCGGCUUUUAUUGGACCGAGUUUUAUACUGUGAACUGCUGC